CUUGCCAAAGUUCUGUUUCUCCUCUUUUGCAAGUUUGUUUUGAUAGUUUGCACUUCGUAGGAUGAGGGAUAUAUCAUAUCUAUGUUGUGCGAUUAUAGACCUCUUGUGAGGUUGUGAACUCCAUUGAAAUGAGACCUUGCUACCAUUGUCUUUAGGAGUGGGUCAUCUGUUCAUAUCUACUGAAGAUCAGGCCAAAGUGCUCAGUCUCUUUGAGUAAUGUCUUUACCCCCGCUAUGUGAACAAUGAAAGAUCAUGAAAGUGAAGAAGAAUCUUUACACGAGACUGGAAUCCAUCCAGGUCAGACCACAAAGCACAAGGAAUCUUCAACAUGGACACCCAGUACUCUGAUUCCCUCACAACCUCCGCAGUUACUGCUCACACCAGAAUCCACCCUUGCCUUGUGGCAAACUACCCCAAAUGUCUGGAUCGACAAGAGCAAGACGAUUACCCAAUCGAGCCACCGUUAUCCGCAGCGUGCAACAAGUUUCAGUCAAUUUUCAAGCCUUCCGCGUCACUUCCGUCUGUCCGAAGCAGCGCCCCACACCCAGUACCAGCAGACUUGGGAUGAGAUAGAAAGUAUUAAGCAGGAGCUGUGUGUAAAGCGGGUGAUUCCUGCGGAUUAUCGUAGAACAGCUGUUCGUUACCAUGGUGAUGAGACGGUGGACCGUAAGAACUGGGUCCCAUUUAUCAUCUUGGUUCAUUCAGUGGAUAAUGUAGCCCACGAUGUCGAAGCUCAGGAAAAAGCCAAGAAGCAGACCCAAUACCAGCUACGGUUCAGUCUUUUUGACGUCACUUUCAAACGGUUCUUUGGUCGAACCCUAGUUGGACCAAAGAAGGUUUGCAAACAAAGCGCAAGCCAUGCUCCAAGACUGCAGUACAAUUUACCUGUUUACUUUCACACGUCAUUAGCUGACCCUAACAUUGUUUUGAUUGUUGAGAUCAUUGCACUCAUCAACGAUGCUAAGACAGGCCCUCGUCAGAUGUCAUGUGGCUGGUGUGUGCUCAGGCUGUUCCAACAAGGUGAUAUGCCAGACACGUCUCAAGCAACACCGGCCCCUGUGAGGAGGGUGGAUGUCUACCAUGGUUCCCCUAGAGCUCUUCUAUACCUAGAAGAUGAUGAUAUUGAAGGUAACCCAAACAUCACCUUCGUGUCCGACUGCCAGCUGUGUUUUACCAUCAAGACCCACCGCUACCUGGAGAAGAUCUUCCAUCUACUACCAGAGAACAUCCUAGCUCUAGGAACUGACAUCAUUCCUGGUGUGACCAUUGUGGAUGCUAACUCGGGAGGGGACAGUUUGAGAAAACCAAAGCCAUUGAAGAAAGUAUCCUGCUCCAUUGACAAGGUUCAAGUCACGCUCCAUCCUAACGUAGAGAAGUUUGAGGAUGAACUUUGUAAACUCAUCAACUCUGAUAGGACUCUACGGGAAGAAGUCACAUCUGAUAAAGGGGUCGUUCAAGUGGCUGAGAGGAGAUUACAUGUUGGUAUCCACAAUGGCUGGGGGUACGUUGACUCCCCUCAGAUUAUGAUGCUGGAUGCUGAUACGCUGAACAGAGGGGGCUCCAGGGGGAGUAAGAGAAUGGGAAAGAAGGGCAUCUCUGGCUCCAGGGAGAGUCUACAAGGCACGUCUGUAUUGCAUGUAAAGGGUAGUAUCAAACUAUCGGAGGUGGUCAAGGAUCCUCUCUUUAGCUUAGUCUUUAUGAUGGAAUACAUCGUCACGAUACCUAACUCUAUGAGUGACAAGAAGCUGAAUUCAAGCAUGAAUCGUCACCAAACCCGUAACAUCGCAGUCCGCUGGGCUGCAUGGUGCCCCAAGUUCCAGGACUCCUUGUCUGAGGUCAACCUGACGUUCACCGGGGGUCCGGUACCAAACCCAGAUGGGAUCCUGUUCUAUAAGUGCGAUGAUCCGUCUAGCGAUGAGAUGAACAAGAUGGUGGCUGGAAAACUCAAAUUUGUCUUCAAGAUUAAGAAAGAAGAGUCACGGCGCCCUCUUAGUCCACAGUCUACAUCAGUGCCGUCGGAGGCUCCCAGGUUACAUAGGCCAUCGUUGGAUACCGAGGACUUGAGACCCAACUCCAGAGGGCAGUAUCCGUCCAUGCAAUCGCUGCCGUCCCAGACGAGUGGAACAGAAGCCUCUAUGAUGAAUGAACUACCCCCAUCGGUAAUGGGUAAACCGCCCAUACCAAGGUCGCCCAGGUUGCCAGUUGGAGCCAGCCAUUCCAAUUUCAACCAUCUCCAGCCGCACUCCACUGCCCCAGACCGAGGCCCAGGGACCCAGCAGUACCUCAUGCCUCAGAUGUAUGCCACCGGUCCCUCCACCCAGCCCUACAUGGGUCCCCCUGGUAUGAGGGGGCAGUACCCACCCAUCCAGGCCCAGCCCAUGACGGCGAGGGCGCCCUUUGAGAUCAUGCACAUGGAGGCCCAGGCUGGUGAGCCAGCUGAUGAGAUUCCAUUCACUCCUGUACACGCACCUGUCAUCACGACUGGUCCAGUGCAGCAAGGGGGGUCAGGUCUAACCCGCGCAGCCUACGCCAGACUCUUUCAGGCAGGCUUCCAAGAGAUCACGGACAGACGAGGGGAAGCUCCGGAGGUUGUGGAUCCCAAUGACCACACCCGUCUUAAUCCACAACGGGAGAUUAACGAUCCUCUGCAGAGCAAUGAGAUUGUUAUUCAAUUUCUAGCCAUGUCUAGAAUCCUGUCCUUUGAGGUGAACCAGAAGUCCAUGCCGAAGACUGUCUUCUUCACAUUCCAGUUCUACAGGUAUCCACCGGUUACAACGGAAAGAUUAUUACUUGGUGAAAUCGAAGGGAAGUUGUCGGCUGAUCCCCAGAGCCUGCCUUUCAUCUUGAAGAGGUUGAAGAAAGAUGGGGAAGAACCAGAUGAUGGACCUCCAGGGUGGAUGGUCCGGUACAACGUCGAUCCGUCUUUCUUGAAGCCCGGGGAAGCAAGACUUUUUCUCCAUUACCUUGAGAAACAGACAUUCCACAUAGAUGUUUGGGAUGGUGACUCUCUUCUUCUCCUUGGAUCAUUGGCUGUUGAUCUCAAGCAUCUUCUUCGUGGUGGCAGAGAAGCGGUCCAAGUGACUCAUGAAGUGGAUAUCUUGACAACAGAGCAUAGUGAUGAAGACUACGUACUCACUGGGGAUAUUCAACGAGGGGGAAGCAUCCGACCUGUGGGAUCAAGGAACGUCACCAGAGGGCGCCUUCACCUACGACUCGCUAACGUAGGUCAGGAGGUCGAUGCGAAGGUCAUCAAGGCCACGACCUUGCCUCUACAGGAUACAAAGGUCAUCGUGCAGGAGGACGGAAGUGGGGCGUUCCUUGGGGGCAGUCUUCAUGCAGGCACUAAGCAGACAAAUGCAAGCCUAGCUAGCCUGAAGCAGAAGCGUAGUUACCUAGCAUCUCACAUGGCGGAAGCAGACCAGGAACUAGCGACGGCGCUCUUCUCUCGUCGUGACAAGACUACGGUAGCCUUGAAGGAAUCUAAUAGGGAAGGAGACCACAUGAAGCAACGUAAGCUUGCUCGUAUGGAGGCUCUACGACAGGCCCAUGGAAGAGAGAAUAAUGGACUAACUAAUACCUUAGUGAUGAAAAAGGAAGAAAAGACUCAGAGGAUAAGAGAUUUGAAGACAAUAGAGUUAUACAGGGAAAGAUCGAAGAAGGAAGGGAUCAUGAACAUGUUACAGUCCGUCAUCACAACGGAACACACCAUCAACCCGGCCUUCGGUAGAGCAGAAUUCUUCGAGUUUGUUCUGAAGAACCCGUACAAUGCUGCUCAUACCAUCUCUAUACAGUGGGAACACUCAAAUCUUAGUGUGGUUACGAACCCUAACGAGUGGCGUCACUUCAAGACAUUCUAUGAGAUAUACAACACUCCGGUAGAAGAGGGUCUGUUUGAUAUCAGUCAGGGAGGAUCUUCGACGGGGAAGGGUGACGUCCCGGGAGUCAAGGUGUUCCUUAGACCAAAGGAGGAGGUCAAUAUACCUUUCAAGUUUCAGACUUUCGAGGCUGAUGAGUCCAUCACUUCAAACACACCAUACGUUGGUCCGAGAUCUCAGUUCCAGCUACGAGGGAAGGAUAACAAAAUAAACUCAUCUAUGGAAUCACAGCUCAUUAAAGUGUACUUCAAAACUCAAGACAAUAAGUCUAUAGCCGUGCUAUCCCUCAACGUAGACCCCCAACCUCACGUCAUCGAUCAAACAUUCAGACUACAGCAGCCGGAACAUUCCUUUCUCAGGAAGUCUAUCCGUCUUCCAAUGUUUAACCCAACCUCAGGUGCUACAUCUGUAACCAGUAUCUACGUAAAAUGCAGUGAUUCAAAUGUUAUAUGUGAUACCAAAAAUACGCGUCCGGGAGAACCCUAUGAAAUCUUCAUGAAAGCAGCUUGUGGUGCUUCGCCUUCUAUCAGAAAGUUCUAUCUUCUAAUCUACUCGAGCCAGUACUUGGCAAGACCUCUGCAGACGUGGGAGUUCUACAUCCACACUCUACAGCGGGUAGAUGUGACGUGUGUAGAAGGACAGACGGCACAUAUUACACUGGUGCUAAAGGGUGCUAGCUCUACAAGACAUGUGCAGUGCUUUACCUCACAUCCUGAUGAAAUUAAGGUUGCCCCUGGUGAUCCUUUCAUGCUGCUCUCGAACUCGGUCCAUGAACUCAACCUGGGAGUGCGCCCUCGUGUGAAAGGAAACAAGUUCAUGUUCAUCAAUGUUGUUGACAUAGAGUACCAUGUCUUGGUUAGAUCUUGGUUGGUGUCUGUGAUAUGCAGGGCGCCGUACAUCACAAAGUCAUUCGAGCUUCAGCUACCGGUAGGAGGAGGCAAAGGAUCAAAUAAGCGUAUCAGCUACACCAACCGUUAUCCCCAGAGGAGAGUCUUUUUCAUCAGAUGCAAUAGAGAUGACUUACUCCAGUUCAAGGAAACACGAAUAGAGAUUGGUGGAGGAGAUGCCUACCCGCUUGGACUUCGCUUUGCACCUUGCCAUCAACCUGGUACAGCAGAGAUCCUCAUCUUCAUUAAUAAUGAGGAUGACAAGAAUGAAGAGACAUUCCAGGUCACUGCUAUUUAUUCAUGACACUCUUGUCGACCUCUGACCUCUGCUGAACUUUGACCUUAGCCUACCUGCUUAGACUUCGUUUUGCACCUUGUCAGCAACGUGGUACUGCGGAGAAGCUCAUCUUCAUCAGCAAUGAGGAUGAUAAGAAUGAAGAGACUUUGCAGGUCACUGCUAUUUAUUCAUGACACCCUGUCAUCCUCUGACCUCUGCUGAACUUUGACCUUAGCCUACCUGCUUGGACUUCAUUUUGCACCUUGUCAAGUAACAUGGUACUGCAGAUAUGCUCAUCAUCUUCAUCAACAAUGAGGAUUUAUUCAUGACACCCUGUCAUCCUCUGACCUCUGCUGAACUUUGACCUUUGCCUACCUGCUUGGACUUUUGCUCUAACUUUGCCAUCAACCUGGCACCGCAAAGAUCCUGAUCUUCAUCAACAAUGAGGAUGACCAGAAUGAAGAGACUUCGCAGGUCGCUGCUAUCUUGUUGACCUCUGACCUCUGUUGAACUUUGACCUUAGCCUACCUGCUUGGACUUCGUUUUGCACCUUGUCAGUAACGUGGUACUGCGGAGAUGCUCAUCAUCUUCAUCAACAAUGAGGAUGACAAGAAUCAAGAGACAUUCCAGGAUCAUGGCCUCCACCUACCACCCCCCCCCUUGUCCAUUAGUUGAUAGGCCAGGUGCUAUCCCAUAGCAUUGUGUAUUGCAUUCCCUGCUAAUUUAUCAUUUUUGUGCACCUAAAAGAAAAUAAAAAUAUUACUACUUUACCAAAUUCAAAUCACCUUGAUUUUUACUGGCCUACGUCAUUCUGGUCUGCUUCUUUUCAGGUACUUUUUUUUAAUACUUCAAAUGCAUUUAUUAUAUGCAGUAUGAAAUUACAUUAUACAACUAACAUUAUCACCUUGUGAAUACAAUGUACAUGUACCAAAAAUAAAAGUAUUUAUAAUCAUUCCACAUUUUGAUUGCACAUUUGAGAAAAGGCUCAAGUAUACUCUAGCACAUGUUCAGUGUAUGCCAGCUAAGUAAAUUUUAUGAUUAAUAGUAACUCAUUAGAAAGCUUGAAAUUUUCCUUCCAUGGCAUGAAAUAUUCUGAUCAGGGGAGAUCAGCUUCAAUAUGUAUUCUGGUCUCAAAAAAUGAAACAGUUUUGAUACAUGAUUUCAUUCAAUUCAAGAUUUGUAUGUACUCUACAACCUGUACAUGACUUUUUGACAUUGUUAUGAUAUCAAUGUUUCUAACAAUAAAAAAAUUAUCAUCACUGAAUAUAAUGCAGUACAUUGCAUGCAGAAAGGUUUGAAAGGGAAAAUGCAAUAAAAAUAUUUCCUCUUCAAAUUAUUUUAUUUUGAAGUAUUGUUAUCACAACGAAAACAAAGGUCAACAUUCCAAUGCGUUGUGCACUGGUUGUUUCUGAUGCUACCUUGAUACUGGCAAAGACCAAAGGCUCUGUUGUAAUUGUUGCUAUUGUCACGGAAAUGAGGAAGUAUGAUACAUUGAUGGUUUGUUAAUAAGAGUAAAUGCCAUUUUAAAAGUGACGUCACAUUGUGUGAAUGUGGGAAUAAAAUGAAAAGAAAACAUUGA